AUGCCCUCAGCAAUACCCGAUUUUACUGAACUCGAGGAUGAACGUACUUCAAAAAACCGCCCGACAACUGCCAGCCGUAAAGAAACCAUCUUGAGCUUGGUGCAGUUGUUAUUGAAGGACGAUAAUGGUGCAGAUGGUGUUGACCAGGUCCCUACCUUUGACAAUGACAAGGACGUUCCUACCGUAGAUGAGCAUCUUCAAGCAGCCGGUGCCGAGGCUUUCAAAAGAUUUCAAACACGGAUCAACUCACUGGACAAAGAGCUCAGGAACUUCUCCAACGCUGCACGACAACUCGGGAGCUCAGCUGCCAUUCUCUCCUCUGCAUUUCAUCUGCGAACCCGCCUCGCCAAUAUCCUGUUCUUAUAUAGGGAGAAUGCAGCCGACCUUUUCCCUCGUAAGAUCAGUCCCACACCCGCCAUUGAACUACCGGCAACGCAGGCUUCAAUGAGUAAACUCCACAAACCACGUAUGGCUCUCUCCGGAAGACACAAAGCACUUCCUCACGCUGCACGUCCGACGGUAAACGAGCAUAUAGACUUAGAAGAUUUCCCACUACAGUUCGAGGCUCUCGCUCAUGACGUGACAACCUUUCUGCGAUGCUUGAACGAGUUCCCAGAGUUUACAGAUGAGGCUGUGAAUGCUUCUAUAUCAUCUCUUGAAGACGAUCUGAAGUAUUGGGCUAAUUGUCUCAAAAUAUACCAAGGACAAUUUCGUUAUCCUGCGGUGCAACGAUACAUUCAGGAUUUGGCGUCGGAGAUGGGAGAACACAUCGAUAACAUCACCGCUUCAUUGAAUAUGUUUAUUGAAGUGGGAGUUCCUACGAUUCGUUUCGCCCAGAAACAUGGUGCAACAAAUCUUUUGAACCUGUCUACCGUGGCGACCUUUUUUUCUGCGGUCACAGCUACCACCUUGCAAUUUUCGUUUGAGAAUGAAACGGCAGCCGGCCACGCGACCAAUUCGUUUUGGUUUCUGAGCCUGGUGUUUAGUAUUGGAGCUGCCGUGAACAGUCUGCUGGGGUUAACGUGGAAACAGGCUAUGUAUCGCUCACCUGGACAUCGCGUGCCUUGGUGGGUGCUCAUUUGGAUAAAACGAUCCCCUUUGGUUUUUCUUGUCUUGUCUGUCAUGUGUUUCUCGAUUGGCCUCUGUGUUUUCGCGUAUGCAUCGAACCAGCACCAUGUAACUUCUGUUAUCACGACCGUGUUAACUGCAUUCACCUCUUUCGGCCUCAUAGCAGUUUCUUUGUGGUUUGCUUCGGAGCGUUGGACAUUCCUUCGCCAUCGCGGACAGAAAUGGCUCGGGGAUGUGCUAAUUGAGAGCCACCAACGCAUUCUUAACAUGCGUGGUAUGGAUACUGCAGGGAGGGUGCUACAGUGGAUCUUUGGGCGAUUUGUGGCUGUUAUCCGAGGAUUUCGACUUGUAAAGUCCUCCCUGAGUCUAUACUCGACUGAGGGCGAGAAGGAUGAAGACCUUGAGGCGAAUGGAUCUGAGUUAUCUACCACUACGCCAAAUGAUAUAACGACGCCAAGUAGUCCAGUAAGUCACAGUCACCGUACCUCGGACACCGUGACCGGGUCGCCCACUAUCGAAUCUGCCUUUUCUCCACUCUCUUCUCCACCCUCUCCUUCUACGCCAGAGAUACCUCAAUCACCAACGUCCGACUCGUCAACGAAGGUGUCACCACUAACAUCCUCACCGACAUUGACACCUGGAAAACAGCUAUGGAGGAAUGCCAUCCGUGCGGUAACCAUGCGUUCCGCUGUCUCCUCCAAUUUGGCCAAAGCUCGUGCUCGCGAGCCUCUCCGAAAACGAACAGCAUCCUCAGGUAUCAGUACUGAGACGUCUGGAAGAAGGGCGGAAGCACCAUUCAAGGGUCUGUUAAUGAGAUCACGGUUGUCAGCUUUGGUACCAAGGUUGAAGUGCUUGGAACCCGUGCAUGAGUUGGGCGCACAUCAGGCAUUGGUGAGGCAUCUGCAAUUUUCUCCAGAUGGCAAGUUUUUAGCGACGUCUAGCUGGGAUCGAACGUCAGUCAUCUUCCAGAUCGGAGAGAAACCCGGGGAUCCUUUACUACUACAUCGUAUCCUUGCUCAUGCCAAAGGUUUUGUUGGGCAGGUCGCUUGGUCGCCUAGCGGUGACCUUCUGCUCACGAAGCUUGUUCGAGGCAUCAAGGUGUGGACACAGAAUGGCGUCUGCCAACGGACAAUCGACCGUCCCGCGUACGUAGAGUCAAUUACUUGGUUCCCUGGCGGGGAAGCCUUCCUCACUGUCGAACAGAGCACAGUGACUAAAUUGGACUUGAAAGGAAAGGUAUUGGGGGAGUUCCACUUCGGUAGUAUAAGGCUGCAUGAUGUUGCAGUAACCCCAGAUCGUAUACGACUUCUUGGUGUGGGUCCUUUGCUGAUGUCCCCAGACGGACUUCGACCCAGCAAAUCGCGGGUCGAGAAGCGUCUCGUUGUUUACAACAUGGAAACAAGGCAAAUCGAGAGUGCUACACCUGUUUUGAACGAGGUGAAAGAUAUCACUUUGGCGCGGAGCACCCGUAAUGGUGACGUUGCGCUUGUUAGCUACGAAAACAAAGCACCGCCUCAACUAUGGAAAAUGGAUCUAGUGAAGGAUAGGGAGAACGCUGAAAAGGUGACAGCGAGGCUCACUCUGAGACACACAUAUAUGCCGCGAGUCCCUGUUGAUUUUGCUGGGCCAAGUUAUUUUGGCGGCAAAAACGAUGAACUUGUUCUUUGUGCCGGAAAAGCUGGAGACAUUCACAUUUGGGAUCAAGAAUCAGGGUCGUUGCUGCAUCAUGUACGGUCUGACGUUUUAGGAGGUGACUUGACAUGUAUCGCUUGGAAUCAUGCCGCAGAUGAUCCAUUUAUGUUUGCUACGGGUAGUCACGAUGGGACAGUAAGGAUAUGGACGAAGCCACCGUCGGAAAUGCCGGAACCAAAGAUCACUGAUAUACCACGGAGUUGUUCGCCUGACGAUGUGGAACAGAUAUAUGGGAGCGGGAUUAAUACAUUGCAGAGUGCUAUACCGAACCUUACCAGACCAGGAACGCCUGUAGGUCAAGUUCAUGAUGGUUCUCGAGAGGGGGAGGGAGAUGGAUUGCCAAAGGAACGGGUGGUUGCGUUUGUGGACGAACCCAAAUCUAAAUGA